ACACAUGACAAGUCACGUGUAGGCCUUACGGUCGCAAAAACCGGAAAACGCGCGCAACAACUCUUCUGCUUUUCUGUCCUUGGCACCGCACAACACAAAGUGCCGCACGCACGUACGCUUGGCACACGCGCUUCCUCCAAAGAAAAAGUACACAAGUGCAUCUUUAUAACAUCUUUAAUUGGAGCAACAGUUUAAGUCUGCAGAUUGUGUUCCAACUAUUGGCGAUAAUAAGUGACGCAAAUUGCAAGUGUUAAAGCUUUGCACAAUCAUUAACGGUUACGAGAGAUUAGAUUUCAAACUUGUGCCUAACUAAUUGAAACCAAACAACCUCUUAAGAAAAUUUUAAAAGUGUAUCAAAAAAGUGAAAGUGACUUCAACCAAAAUUAGUAUUUAAAACUAUUUUUAAAAAAAAUUAAUAUGGAUCACCAUCAUCAUCAUCACCAUGGAACGCCGCUCCAUUGGGGUUACUCGAGUGCUGUCGGCGUGGCACCGGCCGGUAUUCCGGUGGCCAGUUCGACCCCAAAUCAGCAGCAGCAGCAGCACAACAACAACACCUGGACCCCACCUUCGUCCAAGGGACUUAAGCGAACACUAUCGGAGUCCCUCUCCGAUGACGAUCUCUACUCGGAGGAAUCCUCCAAGGAACAUGUCUCACCUGGCGAAUCGGACAGCUGUCAACUGCAGAGCCGCAAACGACGGCGCGGCGUGAUCGAGAAGAAACGCCGGGACCGGAUCAAUUCCUCGCUCUCCGAACUGAAGCGACUGGUCCCGAGUGCCUACGAAAAGCAGGGCUCCGCCAAGCUGGAGAAGGCCGAAAUCCUGCAGCUCACCGUCGACCAUCUGAAGCAGCUACAUGCGCGAGGCUUAGACGAUGCCAGCUAUGAUCCGCAGCGAUUUGCCAUGGACUACCACAUAAUCGGAUUCCGAGAAUGUGUCGCCGAGGUCGCCCGUUAUCUUGUCUCCAUCGAGGGCAUGGACGUGCAGGAUCCACUUCGUCUUCGGUUGAUGUCCCAUUUGCAAUGUUUCCUAACCCAGCGAGAGCUUUCCUCCAAGGCUAACGCCAGUCCGGCCUGGUCCCACAGCAGCUCCUAUCAGCCAGCUUACCCGCACUCGUCCAGCUACUACCACCAAAACUACACCCCCCAGACGGCCACAGCGUCGGCACCGUACAUUCCACAGGUAGCAACCAUCUCACCUCACGACCAGGCCCUGCAGGCCCACCAUCUGCCGCACACGGCGCUGCAUUCGUCCUCCUAUGUCACCGGUGCUAGCACCUCUGACCACUAUUCCAGUCAGCAUGACUCCUCCCAACAGCACCCGCAGCAACAGCAGGCCCAGCAACAACAGUCCGGCGCCGGUGGUUCGAACGAGCAGCAGUCCAACCCCACCUACAUCGACCUGUCCAACAUGCACCAGCAGCAGCAAAACAACCGCGGCGCCACCUCAGCCAGCGUCGGCUACGGCAACCCACAGUAUCCGGUUAGCACCUCAACCUCCCACGGGUACAGUGCGACCUCCAACAGCUACAACGCCAACUCGGCCAAACCCUACAGACCGUGGGGCGCCGAAAUGGCUUGCUGAAAAAAAAAAAGCAAUAACCAUCAAAAAAAUUUCCCAUACCGGGAAUCGAACCCGGGCCUUCUGGGUGAAAGCCAGAUAUCCUAGCCACUAGACCAUAUGGGAUGUGUUGUUCCGGAGGGUCUUCGUAACCAAUCACAUUCUCUGAGCCUACGAAUUACCGGCACCUUCCAGGUGCAGAUGCCAAAGUGAUAGAACCGAACCAAAUGAUUUCUUUCCCUUAAAAAUAAUAACAAACAAAAAUGUAAAUAGCACUUAUACAAAAAAAAAAACAAACGCCAAAAUGAGUCUGAACCAAACACAGGAACGUGGCGCGCAUCACACGAAAGCUUUAAUACCUAAAUGAUUCUAGAAAACCAACGAAAACUGAAAGUUAACAAAACAUUUCCGCCGCCGCUACACCGGUGAAAAAACCUUUCUUCAAAACACUGUGUAAAUGUUCUUUGUAUUUUCAAACUGACAUAUCGUUCUAAGAUUAGGGAUUCUUUAAUUUAUUUGAAGAGAAAUUUUCAACUAUUUAUACCAAAUGAAAAAAAAAAUAAGAAAAAUACACAAAGACGGUGGACGAAAAUGAAACUAUAAUCUAGCUUUAAGGGUGCAACUAAUCGAGUCAAUUAGUACUUUAAGAAAAAAGAUUGAGUUUGAGUGAUGGAAGUGAGAAUGUCAAUGAAUGAAAAUGGACCAAAAGGCCCAAAUCUUAUGAGGAUUUCUUCUAGAGGUAUUAUAUAUGAAUGUAGGUCGUAUACAGACGGGUAGGAUUCUAUUUUUAGGACGACCCAAAGUUGUGAUUCCAAUUUAAUAAGUUUUUCCGAUUUCUCUAAGCAAGAAUUCCUAUGGAAGAAAACCAAUUAUAUUUGUACAGAGAUUUUUAAAAACUGAAAGUGAAC